CCAUCUUGCUGUUGGCAGCCAUCAGAUGUCAAGUUGCUUAGAUAGAAAGUGAUAGAGAGUUUACGUGCUUCGAGGAGAUCACGUAAAUCCUGUAAACAAAACUAUAGGAUUAGUGCGAAAUCCAAUUCGAAGAUGAUGGACAGAAAUGCACCACCGGAAGCCAAUCAGGAUGUUGCAGUGCAACAGACGGAUGGGAAUGGGGUCAUAAUUAUCGGGGCACAACCCAUGACCCAUAUGGGGUACUGCGUGAGCGACAGCACCGAUGACAUCCCCCCGCCGAAGGUCGACUUCUCAGCGCCACCCCCAUACGAGGUGGCCACCAAGUUGCCAACCUAUGAGGAGGUCCAAAGGGAGAAGACAAGGGAGAACAAUGUGGCCAUAACAAUGACUGCAGUGACAGACUACAGGCAGCCCACCCAGAGGAUCCUGGCCAUCGACGCUGAUGGGAAUGAUGACAUUGACACUAGUCUGCUUGGAACGGAUUUUAUGUUUUACACCGCCUUUUUCGUUGCUUUCAUAUUUAACUGGGUCGGAUUUCUGCUUUUAAUGUGCUUCUGCCACACGAUCGCCUCCAGGUACGGAGCGCUCUCCGGUUUCGGCUUAUCCCUGGCCAAGUGGACGCUCAUCGUCAAGCACUCGACGGACCUCGCCUCGCGCGACAACAAUUGGUUGUGGUGGCUAAUCAUGGCCUUCGGUCUCAUCAUCUGCAUCCGCGCAUUCUUGCAAUACCUCAGCAUCAAGAGAGGCUGGAGGAUGCUCACGGCCAGCCACCAGGAGCGACUGUUAUUCUUUUACUAAUCCGAUCCAGACACCUGAGAGAGAGAAAAAAAACAAGUUUGUAUAACACGGACACACGACACACCUUACGUGUACAUUUUAACCCACAUUAAUUUUUAAAGCAUCUAAAUUACUUGUAAGGGAAAUUCCGCGAGAAUCUUAUUAUUUCGUUCAAUGUAUAUGAGUAUAUCUGUGAUUAUUUUGCUUUAAAUAUCAGUCGGAACAAGUAAAAAAAAAAAUAACGUAAACACAGAAAAGAUAAAAUUAACAAAAAAAAAGUAUAGAAGAAGACAGUAACAACAUUCCCCGGUAAACACGUUUCGUUGAUUCUAAUAUUCAUGUGAAGAUAGUUUUAGUAAGGGGAUAGACACCAAUCGUUUCGAUCAUAUUGAAAUCCAACUCCAGUCAAAAAGCAGACAUUUGAGAAAUCGCAGCGCGUUUUGCGUUCGAGACAAUCGCAAAUACAAUAAUUUAAAAAUCAAAACACAUUUUUUUAAAGUAUUGGUUGAAAUUCAAGAGAAAUAAGAAUCAAAAAAGGAUUGUAUUUUAAAACAGAUCGCUUUAAAAUCUACGAAGAUGCCUUAAAAUGUAAACUUGACUUAGAACAUCAGAGUGAUAGUGAGAUUUGUGAUAUUUAGUGGGAGGAUUAUUAAAAGUGACACCAUGCCUUUUGACUUGGGUUGUUUUCACUUUUUCAAAAAAA